AUGCGGUUUAUUGUGUUUCUGGUGGCUUUCGCCUGCGGGGUCUACUGCAAUGAAAAUCUGCCGUCUCGACUUCUAUUGCAGCCGAAGGACAAGCGCGGCACCAACGAUCACUCGGUGACUUUCCCGUCGGGAUCUUCCUCCUCUUAUUCGGCUCCCGUUCACGCGAGUUACGAGAUUAGUGGAUCGUCUGGUGGCUAUGGAUCUCUGGGGCACGGUGGCCUCCUCAACUCGGGCGGUUCCAUCGGCCACGGAUAUUCCUUAGCGUCGUCCGGUGGUCUCAGUCUCGGGUCCGGAUACCAAUCGCCCGGAUUGAGCCAUAAUGGCCUGAGUCACCAGAGUGUCUCUUUGGGCGGACACUCGGCUCAGAGUACCUACUCCGUGCCCAGCAUAGCGAGUCUGGGAAGCGGCGGAAGUAGCAACGGACUCUUCACUCCAGCGAAAACCGGUCCCGUUACCUUCGGAGUCCACGGUGGCGGUGGCGCAAGCACAUCCGGCUCCAGCUCGUCGAGCAGCGCGCCGGUCUACGCUUCCGGCGGUCACGGACUCUCGGCUUACAGCAACGGAGGGGCAUCUAACCUUGGUCUUCAAAUCGUUCUGGCACCGCAGCAUGGUCUUUCCUCAGGCUCUUCGUCCAGUUACAGUCUUCCUGUUCACUCCGCAUCCUCGAGUCCUUCGCACGCUGUAACAGGCGGUUUGAUUAUCGCCAGUGGUUCACACAGUGGUUCCCCCAGUUACAGUUUCCCAACGUCGGGCAUUCACGGAGCAUCAUCCGCGUACGCUUUUCCAAUUAGUUCCGGAUCUCAUGGAAUCUCCGCGUUGUCGUCUAGUGCUGGAUCAUCCAGUUAUCCCGGUUCUUCAGGAUCUUAUGGCUCCGCCAGCACUCACCCCGGAUUCUCGAGCGUAUCAUCCGGCGGUUCCAACUACGAGCUACCGAUUGCCUCGGGAUCUUACUCGAACUCGGCAUCGUCCAACGCUAUCUCACACACGAAUUACUUGCCGUCCCAUUCGUCUAGCAGCAGCUCCAGCUACUCCAGCCCCAGCGUCUCCUACGCGACACCGAGUAUCAGCCACGGAGGCUCUUCCGGUUCCGCUUAUCCCGGCGGCGCCGGCGGUGCCUACUCCGUCAGUUCGAACUACGUGGGGGCCGGUUCCAGCCCUAUUGUAAUUCACACCGGAAGCCAUGGUUACACGCCCAUGUAUUAUAGCUCAUCUAGCUCCCACGGGACACCCGCGGACUCGCACGGAGCUUACGCUAGCGUAAGUCCGAGAUAUCUCGGAUACGCUCCAGAAACGAAAUUUUACAAUGUAGGUAGCGCGAAGUAUGACACGAUCUCGUACUCGGUUCCAAAUGGAAAACAUUAA